GGCCUUCAGCGGGGUCUGUUUUUAUUUAUUUCUUUGUUUCAUGAGCAUAAAACAACAACAAUGGAGGAUAAUUGAAGAAAUGCGAAUACUAGGAUGAGCGGAUGACAUUCCCAGUCCCAGUUAUCAGACCGAUAUCACAAGUGAAUCAACAGGGGGAGGAUGAAGCGGCGCAAUGCGGACUGCAGCAAACUCCGACGGCCGUUAAAACGGAACCGAAUCACCGAGGGUAUUUAUAGCAGCACCUUCUUGUACCUGAAGUUUCUGGUGGUGUGGGUGUUGGUCCUGCUGGCUGAUUUUGUGCUGGAGUUCAGGUUCGAGUAUCUGUGGCCCUUCUGGCUGUUCAUCCGGAGCGUCUACGACUCGUUCAGAUAUCAGGGGCUGGCGUUCUCUGUGUUCUUUGUUUGUGUGGCGUUUACAUCAGACAUCAUAUGCCUCCUCUUCAUCCCCGUCCAAUGGCUGUUUUUCGCUGCCAGCACCUACGUGUGGGUCCAGUACGUGUGGCACACAGAGAGAGGAGUGUGUCUGCCCACCGUGUCGCUGUGGAUCCUCUUUGUGUACAUCGAAGCUGCCAUUCGGUUCAAAGAUCUGAAGAAUUUUCACGUAGAUUUGUGUCGACCCUUCGCUGCUCACUGUAUCGGCUAUCCAGUGGUGACUCUGGGUUUCGGCUUCAAGAGCUACGUGAGCUAUAAGAUGCGGCUGAGGAAGCAAAAGGAGGUCCAGAAAGAGAACGAGUUCUACAUGCAGCUCCUACAGCAGGCGUUACCGCCGGAGCAACAGAUGAUGCAGAGACAAGAGCGAGAGGCAGAAGAAGCUGCCUUAGCUAAAGGGAUGUCUGAGGUCGAACCUACAGUUGUGUCUCAAAACGGAGCCCCACCUGGGAGGAAAAGCACUUUGGUCCUGUUACCAGAACUGGAGUACCGUGAAAAAGGGAAGGACAGUACAUCGAAAGAGCGAGAGGGUAAAAAACAAAACGCAGUGGGCAUCAAUAACAACAGUAUUAUACACGAACUGGACUCCAGACUACAGGAGACAGAGCUGAUCGAGAACUACGUUGGAGCAAAGAGACUGAUCAACGACCUGGCAGGAGAGAAUAUGCUCGCUGACAGCAACACACACGUGACUUCUAAAGAGGAAAUGGGGGGGACGGGGAAGAACUACAAAAAUGUCAGCGGAGGGGGCAACUCGUCCCCGAGGAAUCACAGCUCUACCAAUGGCAGCCUCCCUCCAGGCUCCUCGGCCAGUAAGAACGAGAAGAAACAGAAAGGUGCAGGGAGGGGGCAGAAGGAUCCGGUGGAAAACGGCAUCCCCAACAACCAGCUGGCCAAAUCUGACACUCUGGUCCGGUUGGAGCAGGAUGUGAAGCGGCUGAAGGCAGAUCUGCAGGCCAACAGGCAGCUGGAGUCGGAGCUGCGCAGUCAGCUGUCCUCUCUGAGCAGCCAGGACCGCAGCCUUCGCUCUGAACUGGGCCAGCUGCGCCAGGACAACGAGCUGCUGCAGAACAAGCUCCACAGUGCCGUCCAGGCUAAGCAGAAGGAUAAGCAGACGAUAUCCCAACUGGAGAAGAGGCUGAAGGCCGAGCAGGAAGCCCGAGCUCUGGCUGAGAAGCAGCUGGCGGAGGAGAGGAAGAGGAAGAAGAUGGAGGAGGCCACUGCAGCCAGAGCUGUAGCUUUGGCGGCUGCAACAAGAGUGGAGUCCACCGAUUCCCUUCGAGGUCGUAUCAGAGAGCUGGAGACAGAAUGCAAGAAGCUCAGCAUGGACAUGAAGCUUAAGGAGGAGCAGAUUAGAGAUCUGGAGGGAAAGUGUCAGGAGCUGCGCAAGUACAAAGAGAACGAAAAGGACACGGAGGUGUUGAUGUCGGCGCUGUCAGCCAUGCAGGAGAAGACCCAACACCUGGAGAACAGCCUCAGUGCUGAGACCAGGAUCAAACUGGACCUGUUCUCCGCUCUGGGGGAUGCAAAGAGGCAGCUGGAAAUAGCACAAGGCCAGAUCCACCAGAGGGAGCAGGAGAUCGCAGAGCUGAAGCAGAAGAUAGCAGAGGUCAUGGCUGUCAUGCCGAGCCUGUCCUACUCCUCAGACGGCAGCAGCCUCAGCCCUGUCACCCCCCACUACUCCUCCAAGUUCAUGGACAAUAGUCCCUCCUCCCUGGACCCCAACGCCUCCAUCUACCAGCCCCUCAAAAAGUGA